GUGCGGAAAGGGGUGAGCGUAGAGUGAGGUGAGAUUGAUGUUUGUUCGAACAAGCCAAAGUCACCGCUCAUAAGUCAUGCCUCUCAAAUUACAUCGCUAAAGCUACCUCCUCCUCCUUCUUCUUCUUCCGUUUCGUUACAUUCAUCAAAAUUAAACCUCCUUACUCUUAAUCUAGCCCCUUAUUCUCAAAUUGUUCGAAGAUCUAUUCGCUUUUUUUUUUCUUUCAGUAACUGGGUAAUUUUUCUCACUCUUCAAUUCCCAUUUGCUUCUCAGUUCAAUCAGAUGUCUGCGAAUUCCGAGAAUGUUGGGGUUUGUUCUCUUUGCCAGAAGGCAUUAUCUCCUGAUAAUGAGAUGACAAGUGAUCCUGCAACAGUUGGUGUAUGUGGUGAUUGUAAAUUUUUAUUGCUCGAGGACUAUGGGAAUCAUAUGGUUACCCCUCAGAGCAUGCAAAGAAGGUUUAGAGGCCGGUUCAGGCGCAACAGCUCUGAGUCGGUUGACAACAUGGUUAAUAAUUUGAGGCAAAGCAGAUCUGCGACUGCUUCUUUGGAGGACGUUCAACAAAUUGUGGAGGGGGAUGCCGCUGCUUGGUCGACGCAGCAUGCUAGUUUACAUAAUACCCCUAGUGGUUCUAGGAGAUGGAGGCGGGUUCUCUCUGAUACCGACAGCGAUGGUUUUGAUAAUUGGAGUUCACUUUACGGUGAAAAUGAAUCAAAUGAAAGCUUUAGACGGUAUAGGAUUCCUCAUGGUGAGACUGAUUCCCUCUCUUUCAGUGUUUAUGGAGGUGACUCAGAUGUCUCCGUGGAUAGACAUAGUAUUAUACAUAGAGGAAUGUUUGGUUUACCAGAUGUGGGAGAUGAGUUUGAUAGUGACACCGAUAUAGAUCCAAUGCAUGCUGGUGUCAGUCACUGGCACUCAGAUGAUAUGGAAGAUGAUGAGGAAGAGGAGGAGGACAAUGAGGAUGAUGAUGAGGAGGAGGAAGAGGAUGUCGAAGGGGAAUGGGAAAUAGCUGAUGCUGUAGAAGCGGAAGCCACAGCUCGCCUUCAAAUGUUUUUCACCUCAAAUUCGAGUGCAAGUAGGGGUAGCAAUGUACGGGUACAAAGGUUUGAUUCCGCUGAAUCUGAGGUGGUCCAAAUGGUCAGUAACUGGGGAGCUGACUUGGAGGAUACUGGCUUACAUCCCUAUGGUGCCAACUUUGGGGACUAUCUCGAUGCUAGACAAUUCGAAGAUUUUCUUGAGCAUCUUGCUGAGAAUGACAAUUCGAGACGAGGAGCACCUCCUGCAUCUUUGUCAUUUGUGAACAAUCUUCCCCGCGUAGUCGUUGACAAGGACCAUGAGAAGCAUGGUGAACUAGUUUGUGCCAUUUGCAAGGAUGCAUUGGUACUUGGGACUGAAGCUAGUCAGCUUCCAUGCUCUCACCUCUAUCAUGGAAGUUGCAUUUUACCAUGGUUGAGCACACGGAAUUCAUGUCCUCUCUGUCGCUAUGAGCUUCCAACUGAUGACAAAGAUUACGAAGAGGGAAAGCAGAACGGUGUUCUUCAACAUGUAAACCAUGACAGGCAGCAACUAGAGAUGGUGGAUGUGGAUGAUAGUUCCUCUGAUGUCUCUGUCUUGGCUGAAGUAAACGAAGCAGAUAGUAUUAGUCAAAGUGUAAUACAUCAUACAGAAGUUGUAAGUUCGAAUUCUUCCACAAAUUCUUCGGCGGUAAGAGGUGGUAGAGGAAGAUGGUUUUUUCUUGCCGCGGCUCCAAUAGUUAGUUUAGUUGGCAUUGUGCUUGUCCUGUGGUUAGGUAACUCACAGAUUGAAGGGAAUAGGCAUCUCAGCGGGCGCAACAUGUCCGCACAAGAUCAUCAUACGGUUAAUGUUUAUGCCACACCCGUCCAAAGGGAGAGCAGAAGCAGAAGAUGGUGGUGCCCUUUCUAAGUACUUAUCCAAUUGUUUAAGAAUAAUAAUUCCUUAUUGUAGCCACUAGGGAUUGGAAUUUUAGCUGACUCUCUGUUUCUGGGGUGCUUUGUGUUCUCACUAAUUUCAGUAGUUAUGUAUAGAGUAUAGACUAGUGUUUGUAAUAACUAAUAACCUUAUAACA